UUAAGACCAACGAAUUUCUUGCUGUCUCAUUUCCGCUGCAAUGUUGCUCUCUGUUGAAAAUGCUCCGAGGAUUAUCCCUGGCAAUGUCAAUGGGGUAGACGUCGACUAAAUAACAGUGCACAUUUUCCACGCUUCGAUUACAAGCAUAACAUGCCAUUGUAGACGCUACUCAUCUCAAUCACACAGCAUUAUGUAGAAUGGAUCAGUUGAAGGAUAUGCUGCACACUCUGCUUAUUACACACAAACCCCCUGGAGACUCUUCUACUUAUCUUCAAUUAUUGCAAACCUGCAUUCUCAAGAAUGCGUUUUCACAAGGGAAAAAAAUCCACUCUUUCGUCGCUCAGACGCGAUUUGCAUUUGCUGCAAGCACAACUUUUCAGAAUAAGCUUAUUAACAUGUAUGACAAAUGCGGAAGUUUAGUAUAUGCUCGUAAAGUGUUUGAACACAUGAAAGUACGGAAUGUUGUCUCAUGGAACACGAUUAUAGCAGCAUACAGAAGACAUGAGUGCCCUCAAAAGGCUGUCGCUCUGUUUCACCAAAUGCAACGAAUAGGUUUCCAACCCGAUCAGUUCACAUUUGCCAGCGUACUCCCAGCCUGUGCCAAAAUGGGAGCUUUGGAACAAGGAUAUGCACAAAAUGGGUUUGUUGAAAAAGCUUUAGAAACUUUCAAGCAAAUGCAAUCGGCAGGUGUAAAGUCAGACUCCACAACUUUUGCCAGCAUCCUCCCAGCCUGUGCUAAAAUGGGAGCUUUAGAACAGGGUAUGGAUGUCCAUCAAAGCAUAAUGGAAGAGGGUUUAUUCUCAGAUGUUGUAGUUGCAAGUGCCUUGGCAGACAUGUAUGCAAAAUGUGGGAGAAUAGACAAGGCAGGUGAACUUUUUAACAAAAUGCCUCAAAAAAAUCUGGUUUCAUGGAAUGCUAUGAUUGCAGGAUAUGCGCAAAAUGGUUUUGUUGAAAAGGCUUUAGAAACUUUCAAACAAAUGCAAAUGGCAGGUGUAAAGCCAAAUUCCACGACCUUUGCCAGCAUCCUUCCAGCGUGUGCCAGAAUGGGGGCUUUGGAACAAGGAAUAGACAUCCAUCAAAGUAUAAUGGAAGGGGGAUUUUCGUCAGAUGUUGCAGUUGCAAGCGCCCUAAUAGACAUGUAUGGAAAGUGUGGAAGCAUAGACAAGGCACGUGAAACGUUUGACAGAAUGUCUCAACGAGAUGUCGUCUCCUGGAAUGCCAUGAUUGCAGGAUAUGCACAGAACGGAUUUUCCAAGGAUGCUCUUAAAAUCUUUGAAUUAAUGAAGCCCUCUGGAAUAUAUCCUAACAUUGUAAGCUUUGCUUGUGUUCUUUUUGCAUGCAGCCAUGCGGGUUUAGUGGAUGAGGGCUGUACAUACUUCAAUCGCAUGUAUACUGCUUAUUGCAUCACACAUACAGUCGAUCAUUAUGUGUGCAUGGUUGACCUUCUUUCCCGUGCUGGCUAUCUUGAUGACACCUUAAACUUUAUCAUUAAGAUGCCACUUAAACCUGUUGUGAUUGUGUGGAUGUGUUUUCUUGCUGCCUGUAGAUUGCAUAUGAAUAUAGGCUUAGGAGUAUUUACAGCGAUGCUGCUUUUUGAUUUGGAUCCUAAAAAUGCUGCAACUUAUGUUCUUCUCUCGAACAUCUAUGCAGAGGUGGGCAUGUGGGGUGAGGUUCGAAUGGUAAGGAGAUUGAUGACAGAUGGAGGAAUUAAAAAGAUCCCUGGAUGUAGUUGGAUUGAAGGCCAUAAAACGGUACAUGCUUUUUGUGCAGGAGACAGAUCACACCCACAGACACGGGAGAUCUAUGCAAAGUUAGAGAAAUUGGCUUGGGAGAUGAAGGCAGCAGGGUAUUCUUCAUAUUCAACACAAUCACUUAAUGAUGUGGAGCAGGAGGAAAAAGAAUUAUUUCUCUGCCAUCAUAGUGAAAAGUUGGCAAUUGCAUUUGGUUUGUUAAACACACCUUCUGGAACAACUAUUAGAGUUGUUAAAAAUCUUCGAGUAUGUGCCGAUUGCCACACUGCCACAAAAUUUAUCUCCAAAAUAGUUGGAAGAGAAAUUGUUGUGAGAGAUUGGAAUCGUUUCCAUCAUUUUAAACAGGGACAAUGUUCAUGUGGAGAUUAUUGGUGAUACUAAAUGAAAGCAAUCUAAAAAAUAGGCUUGCACUAUAAUGGCGUACACAAUAUCAAACCUGAAGUAACAAUGAAGGGACGAGGUUUUUAUUUUCACUUUCUAAAACGUUUUUUUUUUUUUUUUCCUGGUUUUGUUUUGUUUGAGUAUUUGUCAAACUAGGGUGUUGUUGGCUUCAUCAUGUAAUGAUGAUCACUGCUUACAU